GGGAAUUUUCGGAAAGAAGCAGCUUUUGCUGUUCAAGAUGGCCAAACAGCUGUCUCUAUGAAGGGGAAUGAACUUUUGCGGAUUCUGCAGAAUCUUGGAUUACUAGAAAAGGCGUUGGAGCAACCAAACAGCGCAGCGUUGAUAUUUGCCGUUCCGAAGUUGAAUGUAGACGCAUUUUGUGAAAAACAAGUGCUUUUAUGGGACGCACCAGCCAACUCGGACGACGUCGAACGUGCCCUCAACGAAACGGCGCAACAGCUCGUCCGCAUGGAUAUCAGGACGAGUGGAGAUCUUCGGCGUGUGUUCCAGAAUCCAAGCAAAGCGAGUGUGGCACAGAAAGAGGUUUUCCGUGACGAUAUUCUGGUGAAAUUUCAAGCAGAUCUUCAACAAUUCGAUGAACUUCAAGAGUGCAAGGCCAAAAUGCUGCUGCAGAUUCCGCAGUACGCAUGGGAGGCAUAGCUUCUAGUUGAUUUCAAGAUUUUUCUUUUGCAUAAUCUACGGUUUGACCCUCGUAUACAAUGAUUUCCGAGUGAAGCAGGUUGAUAAAAAUUUAGAAGCUCACAAGAAGAGAAGUCCGUCUUCGACAAUAAAUCAAUCGUGUGUGUUUGUGUGU